AGGGGCUGAGUUGCUGGGGUGGAGGAGAGAGCCACAGUCCCAGCCUUGCACACUUCCAUGGGGCCGGCCAAGCCCCCAAGAGAAUGGCAGCCUGGGUGUCUGAGCCAGCGCCUGGGCAGCCUGUGAGCACAGGGUGAAGCCUGAGCGCUCGAAUGGCCAACGCCACAGGGCUGAACGCACCAGAAGUCGCAGCCUCGAUGGGGUUGAUCCUGGCGGCUGUCGUGGAGGCGGCAGCACUGCUGGGCAACGGCGCACUGCUGGUUGUGGUGCUGCGCACGCCGGGAUUACGCGACGCGCUCUACCUCGUGCACCUGUGCGUAGUGGACCUGCUGGCUGCCGGCUCCAUCAUGCCGCUGGGCCUGCUGGCCGCUCCGCCGCCGGGGCUGGGCCGCGUGCGCCUGGGCCCCGCGCCCUGCCGCGCGGCACGCUUCCUCUCGGCGGCGCUGCUGCCCGCCUGUACGCUCGGCGUGGCGGCGCUCGGCCUGGCGCGCUACCGCCUCAUAGUGCACCCUCUGCGGCCCGGCGCGCGGCCUCCGCCCACCCUCGUGCUCACCGCUGUGUGGGCGGCGGCGGGGCUGCUGGGCGCGCUCUCCUUGCUCGGGCCGCCGCCCGCACCGCCCCCUGCCCCGGCUCGCUGCUCUGUCCUGGCAGGGGGCCUCGAGCCCUUCCGGCCGCUCUGGGCGCUGCUGGCCUUCGCGCUGCCCGCCCUCCUGCUGCUCGGAGCAUACGGCGGCAUCUUCCUCGUGGCGCGCCGCGCUGCCCUGCGGCCCCCGCGGCCCGCGCGCGGGUCCCGGCCGCGCUCCGACUCUCUGGACAGCCGCCUCUCCAUUUUGCCGCCCCUUCGGCCUCGCCUGCCCUGGGGCAAAGCAGCCCUGGCCCCGGCGCUGGCCGUGGGCCAGUUCGCAGCCUGCUGGCUGCCUUACGGCUGUGCGUGCUUAGCGCCCGCUGCCCAGGCCGCCGCGGCCGAGGCGGCCGUCACCUGGGUAGCCUACUCGGCCUUCGCGGCUCACCCCUUCCUGUACGGCCUGCUGCAGCGCCCUGUACGCCGGACGCUGGGCCGUCUCGCCCGACGAGUGCUACCCCGGCCCCCGCGGGCCUGCACUUCGCGGGCCUGGCACCCGCGGGCCCUCCUGCAGCACCUCCAUAGACCUCCAGAGGGCCCUGUCCUAGGCCCUUCUGAGGCACCAGAACAAGCCCGGGAUUUGGCAGGAAGGGAGAGCCUGAGCAUGCCAGAGGCCACGUGAGAGAUGUCUCCCAAGGUGAGCCGGGACUGGAGAAAGCAGGGUGGUAUCACAAAGGGCCCAUCCAGCCUCCAGCACAGCUUAUGGCAGGUAGCCUGCCUGCACUUCUGGCUCUGGAAUGGGAGAAAGGGGACCUGCAGCCUAGUGAGGCCCAGAGGCUUCUGGGAGCUAGGAAUCCUGAGUUCUGGGCCCAACUCUGCAUGGCCUUGUACACAGACCUACCCUUCCCUAGGUAUGUUUUCCCAUCUGUACCUUGGACCAUCUCUAAGGGCUCCUCCAGCUUGGGUGAUCUGGACACUCAUGGAUGAUCCCCAGGCCAAGGAAGAAGCAGAGGUGGGCAGGAUCACAGAGAAGAGGGCCCCAAUGGCUCACAGCCAAAGGGAAUGGGCCAAGUAGGGCAGGGUCUGGGUUACAGCCACAGCAGGAGGAACCAGUGAAGGGACAUUCAGAAAGACCUCCCGCACAUCUGCACCAAGGAGAGGCUGGACAAAACUACUGGAACUCCUCCAUCAGCUUCUAAAAAUGCCCAGAAAACAACUGGAUCGCUUUGGUGCCAGAGGCAGGAGGCUGGACAACAUGACCCCCCAAAGAGCCCUGAAGCCCCAGAACUGGCAUGUGGAAGGGGCCGAGGCCCAGCUGGGGCUGAUGGAGUCACAGAUGGGGGUCCUCUGGGGUCUCAGCUACACCCGUUUUCUGGAGGUUUUGCCAAUACCCACAGUGUUUCACAGCUUCCUGGUCUCUCAGAAUAUUUAUUCAAAAACAGGAAUUGAAAAAACUGUA